CGCUCCCAGUAGAUCUGCAGCUCGGAGCGGCUCGUGUCUUUCCGUCAUGGUGCAGAAAUCCCGAAACGGCGGGGUGUUCCCCGGGGCGCAGGCCGACCAGAAGAAGCUGAAGGUGGGCUUUGUGGGUCUGGAAGCCGGAGGACCGGAGUCGAACCGGGAUGGGGCUCUGCUGAUCGCAGGUGGGGAGGAGGGGCCUCGGCGACAGCGGAGCAGCGUCUCCGGAGGAAAGAAACCCCCCAAGCGCAACGCCCUCUACAGGCGACUGCAGAACUUCCUGUACAACGUGUUGGAGCGACCGCGAGGCUGGGCCUUCAUCUACCAUGCCUACGUGUUCCUGCUGGUGUUCUCCUGCCUGGUUCUGUCAGUUUUUUCCACCAUCAGAGAGUAUGAGAAGAGUUCAGAGGAUGCACUCUACAUCCUGGAAGUGGUGACCAUCGUGGUGUUCGGGGUGGAGUACAUGGUGAGGAUCUGGGCGGCAGGAUGUUGCUGCCGUUACAGAGGAUGGAGAGGACGACUCAAGUUCGCCAGGAAACCUUUCUGUGUUAUCGACAUCAUGGUGCUGAUCGCGUCCAUCUCUGUUUUGGCGGCGGGGACUCAGGGAAACGUCUUUGCAACGUCAGCGAUCCGCUCACUGAGGUUCCUGCAGAUCCUGCGGAUGAUCCGGAUGGACCGACGUGGAGGAACCUGGAAGCUGCUGGGCUCGGUGGUCUACGCCCACAGCAAGGAGCUCAUCACUGCCUGGUACAUCGGCUUCCUGUGUCUCAUUCUGGCCAGUUUUCUGGUUUAUUUGGCAGAAAAAGAAGACAAUGAACAGUUUGAGACGUAUGCCGACGCCCUCUGGUGGGGACUGAUCACCUUGACAACCAUCGGUUACGGAGACAAAUUCCCAAUCACCUGGAACGGACGCCUGCUGGCGGCAACAUUCACCCUCAUAGGAGUCUCCUUCUUUGCUUUACCAGCUGGAAUCCUUGGAUCUGGAUUUGCUCUGAAAGUUCAAGAGCAGCACAGACAGAAACACUUUGAGAAGAGACGGAAUCCUGCAGCUGGACUCAUACAGGCGGCCUGGAGAGUUUAUGCCACCAACCUGACCCGGACUGAUCUGACCUCAACCUGGGACUAUUAUGAGAGGACAGUGUCUGUUCCCAUGUACAGGCUUAUACCUCCUCUUAAUCAGCUGGAUUUACUGAGGAACCUGAAGAACAAAUCUGGACUCUCAUUCAGGAAGGACGUCCAGCCUGAACCAUCUCCCAGUCAGAAGGUCAGCCUGAAGGAACGAGUCUUCUCUUCUCCUCGGAGUUCAGGAACAAAAGGGAAAGGUUCUCCUCAGCACGGUCCGGGGGUCCCUGGGGGGGUCCAGGCCCUGCGGCGGUCUCCCAGCAUGGAGCCCAGUUUGGAGGAGAGCCCCAGUAAGGUUCCAAAGAGCUGGAGCUUCGGAGAGCGCAGCAGGUCCAGGCAGGCCUUCAGGAGCGGAGCCGCAUCCCGCCAGAACUCUGAAGAAAGCCAGCCCCCGGGUGAAGACAUGGCCGAUGACAACAAGAGCUGCCACUGUGAGUUUGUCCCCCAGGAUUUGACCCCGGGGUUAAAGGUCACCAUCCGAGCCAUCUGCAUCAUGCGCUUUAUGGUGUCAAAGAGGAAGUUUAAGGAGAGUCUGCGACCAUACGAUGUGAUGGACGUGAUUGAACAGUAUUCAGCAGGACACCUGGAUAUGUUGGCCCGCAUCAAGAACCUGCAGUCCAGAGUGGAUCAGAUUGUUGGCAGAGGAACACCAAUAGCUGAUAAGGACCGUCCUAAAACAGCCAAUGAGGAGCUGCCAGAGGACCCCAGUAUGAUGGGACGCCUGGGGAAGGUGGAGAAACAGGUUCUUUCCAUGGAGAGAAAGUUGGACUUCUUGGUGAACAUUUACAUCCAGCGAAUGGGGAUCCCUCAGGCCGAGACCGACGCCUACUUUGGAUCCAAGGAACCAGAUCCGGCACCGCCAUACCACAGUCCUGUAGACCAGCUGGAAAAGAGCCAGUCCAUCUCCAAGAUCCUACAGGUUUUACCUGGCGAACAUGUGGAAAAGCCUCGUUUUGUGACAAAGAUGGUUCGGUCCAGCAGCUCCACCGGACACCGAAACUACAACGCACCAACUUGCCCACCCUCCACCUCCUGGCAGCCAAUCAGCUCCCAGCUCCACCAGCAAGCCCCAGCCCCUCACCCUCGUAGCCAUGGCAACACUCCAAGCCCAGUGGGCGAUGGAUCACUGGUUCGACUCCCCCCUCCUCCCGCUGGAGAAAGGCAUGGUGGGAACCGAUCGCAUCGACACAGUGCUGCAGAGCGAGGGGGGAUGGAGCGGCCAGAGGGGGGCGGGGCUGGAGGAGGAGGGGGAGGAGCCGGAGGAGAGGAAGGGAAACCCGACAGUGACACGUCAAUCUCCAUCCCAUCGGUCGACCACGAAGAGCUGGAGCGCUCCUUCAGCGGCUUCUCCAUCUCACAGUCCAGAGAGAACCUGGACUUCCUCAACAACAGUUACUACCCCUCAGGCCGAGGGGGUGGAGCUGGGGGCGGGGCAGGUGGCUCGGCCCGCUGCGCAUCUGUCCGGCCUUAUAUCGCUGAGGGUGAGUCUGACUCCGACUCAGAGCUCUGUGCUCCCUCACCACACUCGGACCGGGCCUGGACCGGAACCAAGUAGAGCAGAACCAGCAAGAGGAGGCGAAAUAUUCAAACACCAGCCAGAGUUAAAGGAAUGCACCUGGAGUGAAGCAUCAUGGGACACGUUUUCUACAUGUGAAUGUUAAAACCUGUGCAGUGAAUGUUUGUCUCAGUAGCCGUGUUUCCAUAGAACCGGGGCAUUGGAGCCAAACUGGUGCAGUAACGCAAAAUGAAAAUUCCAUAAAAGUGAUUUGUAGUGAAUAAUCUGUGGUUUGGUCUGAAGAUGGCACUCUGCUUAUUAAAUCUGAUGUCAUGACUAUUAUGAAAAUCAUUUCUGCAGCUGAGACUUCAACAGUAGCAGAAUCUGUAAACUUUGUUACAGUAGUUUUUGUGAGGUACCAGUUUGCAGAAAGCAUUAAUUUAACUCAGAUG